AGCGUCUGGUUAACCCCGAACAAGUGAAAAUUUUGCCGCCAAAUUACAUUGUAUAGUAAACACAACAGUUCCAGGAAAAAUGAAGGUAACGACUCCAGAGAUAUCCUGGCACGAGCGAGACCCAGUGUACAGUGCAGAUUUCCAACCUGGAACACACAGCAUACAGAGAAUUGUCACCGCUGGAGUCGACAAAUACGCUAGAAUUUGGAAAGUGAGCGUAGAACCAGACGGAAAAUGUUGUGUGGAAUUUCUCUCCAACUUGAAACGACACUCCAAGUCUGUCAAUGUCUGCAGAUUUUCUCCUGAUGGAGAAUAUUUAGCAACAGCAGGAGAUGAUGAAGUAGUCAUUAUAUGGAAAUUAAGCGACGCCUCCGUGAAUCCAGGAAAUCUCUUUCAAGAUGAAGAUGAGGAUAAUAAAGAAAACUGGGUGGCUUGCAAAAUUUUCAGAGGCCACUUAGCUGAGAUAUACGACUUGUGUUGGUCGUCAGAUGGCAAGAAAUUGGUGUCAGGCUCCAUGGACAACACGGCCAUUGUGUGGGAUGUUGUCAAAGAACAAAGGGUUGCUCUGUUCAAUGAACAUAAAAGUUUUGUACAGGGAGUGGCCAUGGACCCCCAGAAUGAAUAUGUUGCCACCAUGAGCACUGACAGGUCAUGUAGAAUAUUCAAUGUCUCCAGUAAAAACUGUAUAUACAAUGUUUCCAAGAUGUCUCUUCCUGUUCCUAAAAACACAGAGGGCACUCCUGAAACGAAGCCAAAGUCUUUCCGCAUGUUCCAUGACGACACAAUGAGGUCGUUUUUCAGACGUUUGUGUUUCUCGCCGGACGGUGAGAUUUUAAUAGUACCAGCGGGCUGUAUGGAGCUAGGAGAGAAUAAAAUCAUCAACUCCACUUAUCUCAUGUCUAGGCAUUGUCUAAACAAACCAGCAGCCUACCUGCCAAGUCCUCAAAAAAUAACUGUGUGUGUGAGAUGUUGUCCGUGUUAUUUCAAACUAAGGAGUAGCACUGAGGACUCGCCAGAUCACUCAAAUAACAACAAGAAGGAAUGGGAGAAGUGCAGGUCUUUAUUUGCACUGCCCUACAGAAUGGUGUUUGCUGUGGGUACAGAAGAUGCGGUCUUGUUGUAUGACACACAGCAGCAGUCUCCGUUUGCCUACAUCAGUAAUAUACACUACCACCAACUCAGUGACUUAGCAUGGAGUCCAGAUGGGAGAACUCUGUUGAUCAGCUCCACUGAUGGAUACUGUACGUUUAUAAGGUUCGGGGAGGACGAACUCGGGGAGCUUUACACAGAGGUGAAAGUAGCAGAUAGCUCAGAAGUCAAAGAAGAGAAAAUGACCGCAGAAAAAUCCAGCCCUACUGCUUCCUCAGUUAGCUCAAAGUCUGAGGAACCAGUUAUUAUCAUGGACACGGACACGAGUAGCGGGGACCUUAACCUGAUCCUAGAGACCACCAAUGAUGCUACCUCUCCUGUCGUUACUGAACACAACCACAAAGACUCUGAAAAUAGUGCCAAAACCGACUCUAUUAAUGCGAAAGGUGCUAAGACUCCAUCUGGCAUGGAGACUACCCCUUCAGGGAAUAGGAAGUCAGAGUCAAGGCAGGGAAACUCUUCCACACCCACGGGGGUGAAAACUGUCCCUGAGGCCGGGUCCAAAGGCACCCCCUCUGGCCAGCCCAGGAGGAUUCAGUUUAUAACGUUGUCCAAUGGGAAAGCAUCUUGAAGGAGGAUUUUAUUGUGAAGGAAGGGAUUUGUCUUUUCAACACUGCCAUAUGAUUGGAUAUGAUCAUACUAGUACAUGUAAUGAUAUUUUGAUAUUGAAAGAAGUUAUUAGGAUGAUCUAGUGUUUUUAGUGUAGAUUGGGAAUUUAUAUUCUCUUUAUGCUGAAACGAAACAUUUACUGUCAAAUGUACUAUGAAGUUUGUGAAUGAAAUUGAAGACAGCUUACAGUAAAUGACAAGUUUAAUGAAAGUUUCUAGCUUGAGCAUUUUGAGUAAUCUCUCUUGGCAUGCUUUCAUCUUGUAUGUACGCGUACAUUGUACAACUUAAUUCAUAUGAUUAUUAAGAAGUAUUAGAAGAAAAUUCACUUUACAUCAAAGUUGCAAUGUUAAAUCCUGUCAAAUCAUUAACUUUUUAAACUAUAAGUAAUGACAGUAAUGACAUGUUGUCAUUUGAUCCAAUAAAUACUGAAAGUGCUUGU